GAUAAGUCCCUCUCCGACGACAUGGACCCGUUCGUCAAGCUCCAAUCCCUAAAUUGGAUCCUCCGCCAAGCCCUAAAACACAUAACCAUCACCUUCACAAUCACCGAGUCGGCAACAACAACAACCCCAGCGACAGAAGACAUCCAACCAUCCUCCCUCCAAGUGGAUAUCGUGCACACAGCCACCGGAGGAAUCACCGGCACCACGGAGAAGCGCACCCUCGACUGGAAGCCGCACGUUCACCACGACUACGUUUAUAAAACGCUUACCGUCCGGAGCCGCCUGGUUCGUGGCGAGGUGGACAGCGAUGGGCGGGUCCGGCCGGUUGUGCAACUACACGGUGCGUACCGUGAUGAAAGACGGGUGUAUGAGUUUCUUAGGGGUAAGGUCUCCGCGGACGGCAAGGAGGGUGAAGGGUUCCUGAUUGAGGAGCCGGGGUGUGUUCUUCUCGAGGAUGGUCCAGCCUUGGGCUGCUGGGUGCAUACUGUUUCGUGCAGUGAGGCGUCGGGGUGGAUGGUGGAGCAGAUAUGGGGAUUUGAGAUGAUCGACGGGAAACGCUACCACACGCGUCGAGGUGUGGUCGCUGAUCAACAUGGCAAUUUUGCUUUAGCGAGGGCCGUUUGUAGGUGGCAGGGUCCAGUGGGCGCUACUGGUGAAUGA